AUGGAAAGGAGGAACAACGUGACAGAGUUUGUUCUACUGGGACUCACAGAGAAUCCAAAGAUGCAGAAAAUGAUAUUUGCUGUGUUUUUUGUCGUCUACCUCAUCACUGUGGUAGGAAAUGUGCUCAUUGUGGUCACCAUCGCUGCCAGCCCAUCACUGGGAUCCCCCAUGUACUUCUUCCUGGCGUAUCUCUCCUUUAUUGAUGCUUGCUAUUCUUCCGUUAAUACCCCCAAGCUUAUCAUAGAUUCACUCCGUGAACGGAAGACAAUCCUAUUCAAUGGAUGCAUGACUCAGGUCUUCGGCGAACAUUUUUUUGGAGGUUCUGAGGGCAUCCUUCUAACUGUGAUGGCUUAUGACCGCUAUGUGGCCAUCUGCAAACCCUUGCAUUACACAACCAUCAUGAACCGGAGAGUGUGUGGCCUGCUAGUGGGAGUAGUGUGGAUGGGAGGUUUUCUUCAUGCAACCAUACAGAUACUCUUCAUGUUUCGAUUACCCUUCUGUGGUCCUAACAUCAUAGAUCACUUCAUGUGUGAUCUGAACCCUUUGCUCAAUCUUGCCUGCACCGAUACCCACGCGUUAGGGCUCUUUGUUGCUGCCAACAGUGGGUUCAUCUGCCUAUUAAACUUUCUCCUUCUGAUGGUCUCUUAUGUAGUCAUUCUGCAAUCCCUAAGAAGCCACAGCUCAGAAGGGCGGCGCAAAGCCCUCUCCACGUGUGUUUCUCACAUCACAGUGGUCGUCUUAUUCUUUGUGCCCUGCAUAUUUGUGUACAUGAGACCUGCAGCCACUUUAGCUGUUGACAAAGCAGUUGCUGUGUUCUAUACCAUUAUUACACCCAUGUUAAAUCCUUUAAUCUACACUUUGAGAAACACACAGAUGAAAAAUGCUCUAAAGAAAUUGUGUAACAAAAAAGCUAUUUCAGAUGAUGAGUAA